UUACCAUAAAAACAUCUGUAGUCUAUUGGUAUCAGACACUAGAAACACAAAUCUUAGAUUACGUGGUUGUGUUUUGAAAUUGUGAAAUAUUUUUUAAAAGUUUUUUUUUUUGUUAAGAAAUGGAUGAUACAAAUAAAAAGUUAUUUUUUGCUGAAAAAGCUAAAACUGGUAGGGCAAAAUGUAAAAAGUGUAAAGAAAAUUGUGAAAGUGGCGAGCUUAGAAUAGCAAAAUUGGUUCCUAACUUUUUUUCUGAUGAAGGGUUAGUAAAGCAAUGGUAUCAUACAAAUUGUUUAUUCGAAAGUUUCAAAAAAGCCAGAGCAACGACCAAAAAAAUCGAUUGUAUAGAUGAUAUAGAUGGAUGGGAUGAAUUGAGUGAGGAGCAUAAAGAUAUUAUUAUAGAAAAGAUAAAUUCUUUUUCUGGUGCCUUACCUAAAGAAAAAAAAACCGACAAAUUAAAACCAACUACUUCCAAGGCAUUUCAAACUAAGGAGACUUCUUCAACGAGUAAAGAUAAAGCCUUUAAAGAGGAUAGUGAAGAUAAUAGUUUUCAGGUUUUUCAAAAUCUAUGUGAAAAAAUUGCAAAGGAAAGUAGUUACAACAAGAAAUCUGAAAUUUUACAAAACUUUUUGAUAAAGGGAUCAAAUAACAAGACAUUUGAAGGAGAUAUUUAUUUAUGGAUGAAAUUAUUGCUUCCAUCAGCCGUGCGCCGAGUUUAUAAUUUGCAGAGUAAACAAUUAAUAAAAUUAUUUUCAAAAAUUUUUCGUGCAAAUCAAAAAGAUAUGCUAACAGAUUUGGAAAAUGGUGAUGUUUCAGAAACUUUAAAAAAAUAUUUUGAAUUAUCCGAAAAAAUUAUUCCAAAAAAAUCAAGUUCACUUACUUUGCAAGACGUUGAUAAAUUUUUAGAUGAACUUAGUGAAAUUACAAAAGAAGAUGAUCAAAUUGAACUAUUUUCUAUAUUUUGUAGGAGAGCUACUAUUAAUGACUUAAAGAUGGUUAUUCGUCUUAUAAAACACGAUUUAAGAAUAAACGCUGGUCCAAGACAUAUUUUAGAUGCUCUUCAUUCAGAUGCUUAUCAGACAUAUCAAUUAUCACGAGAUCUAAAAACGGUUGUAGAUAAAUAUGCUCCAUCGAUUUCAAAAAAUAAAAUUACAUGCAAGGAUGUUCAAGGUUUAAGUGGAACUGCAGGAAAAAGUAGUAGUGGGCAUGUUACAUUAAUGUCUCCAAUAAGUCCAAUGUUAGCAGAAGCAUGUAAAUCUGUUGAAAGAGCAAUCGAAAAAAAUCCAGAAGGAAUGUUUAGUGAAAUAAAAUAUGAUGGUGAACGUGUUCAAAUACAUAAAAGUGGCACAGAAUUCAGAUUUUACACUAGAAAUUUAAAGCCGGUGUUGGACCACAAAAUAGCUCGGUGUAAGGAAUACAUUCCAAAGGCAUUUCCAAGUGGUAAUGAUAUGAUACUAGAUUCGGAAAUUCUUGUUGUAAAUACGAAAACUGGUGAACUUUUACCAUUUGGAACACUUGGUGUACAUAAAAAAGAGCAGUUUGCUAAUUCAGAAGUAUGCUUAUUUGUAUUUGAUUGUAUUUAUUUCAAUGGCGAGGAUUUAACUAAAAGGACUAUAAAAGAACGAAAAAAGAUUUUAGAAAACAAUAUUAAGCCAAUAAAAAAUCAUGUUCAACUUUCUGAAUAUUAUAUCAUCAAGAAUACGAUGGAAUUAGCAACUAUGACAGCAAAGGUUUUAAAAGCUGGAUUGGAAGGUCUAGUAUUAAAAAAUGUAAAUAGUUUAUAUCAACCGGGUAAACGAGGUUGGUUAAAAAUUAAAAAGGAUUAUUUAUUUCAAGGUCAAAUGGCUGAUUCAGCUGAUUUAGUUGUAUUAGGUGCUUGGUUUGGUACUGGUAAAAAAGGAGGAAUGUUAAGUAUAUUCUUAAUGGGAUCAUACGAUAAAAAUACAAAAUUAUGGGGAACUGUAACAAAAGUUCAUUCUGGUUUAGAUGAUUCAACAAUGGAAUCAUUACAAAAUGAAUUGAAUACAUUAUUGGAACGUUGUAAUACUAAAAGUUUACCAAAAUGGCUUAAUGUUUCUAAACAAUUAAUACCAGAUUUUAUUGCAAAAAAUCCAUUUGAUAUGCCUGUUUGGGAAAUUACUGGUGCUGAAUUUACAAAAUCAGAAGUACAUACCGCUAAUGGGAUAUCAAUAAGAUUUCCUCGUAUAACGAAAAUUCGGGAUGAUAAAUCGCCUAAAGAGGCAACUAAUGUUCAAGAAUUACAUGUUUUAUAUGAAAAUUCUAGAGAAAAUAUUAAUGUUGAUAUGUUAUUUAAAGGCUUAAAGAAUUGCAGUGAUAAUGAUGAUAGCAGUAGUAAAAUUGAAUUAUUUAUUAAAACAAAAUUAUAUGAUGCAGGAAAAGACGAUAGCAGUAAUGAUAACGAUAGCUCUAUAGAUGAUAAAAAGAAUAUUAAAUUAUUAGAUAUUGAUAGUAUAAAAAAGGAAGAAAAAGAUGAUAACAAUGAUAUGAAAUUAUUAAGUGCUGAUAAAAUUGAAAAAGAAAUAAAAGAUGAAAAAUUAAUUAAAAAACGUAAAAGUGAAGUAAUUGAUGAAACAAAUAGUCCAAUUAUAAAUAAAAAACAAAAAAUAAAAACUGAAAAAACUCCUGAAUCUAAAGAGAUAAAACAAGAAAAAGUGAACAAAAUAUUUAAUAAAAUUAGUAUAUAUUUAAAAUCCGAAACUGAGAAUUUAAUUAAAAAGACUGAAAUUGAUUUGUUUAAGAAGUUCGGAGGAACAGUUUUAGAUCACAGUAAGGGAGCGAAAUUUAUUCUACACUCAAAUGAUUCAAUUGAUUGUAAAAAAUUAAUUGAGGCCAGGAAAUUAUAUAAUCCAAGUAGUAGACAUUUGACUCAUAAAUGGCUAGAGGAUUGUAUUAAAAAUGAAAGAUUAAUAGAAGAUUAUAAAUGGUAUGCAGUUAGUCUUUAA